AUGGAAAGUGAUGAAGCUGGAGACCCGGAAGAACCGGAAAUGAGGCCAGUCAAUCAAGCAGACAUGAAUGAAGGUGAGGCUACAGCACACACCCCAGAGGCCUUUGUCCAUGAGGUCAGCAACGUUCAACACAUACCUGCAGAGCGGUCUGAAGUCCUACAGGCCAUGGACACACUCCCACCCGAGCAGGGCAGUGACACCCUCAGCUCCCCAGCCCAAACUAUCCCCCCCAAGCAGGCUGACACCCCCAAUUCCCCAACCCAAAACAUCCUGCCCAAGCAGGGUGACUUUCUCAGUUCCUCAGCAAAACCCAUCCCACCCGAGCAGGCUGAUGCCUCCAGUUUCCCGGAAAAGAUCAUCCUGCCAAACGAGGGUGGCAUUCUCAAUUCCCCAGAAAAAACCAUUCUGCCCAAUCAGGCUGACACCCCCAAUUCCUCAACCCAAACCGUUUCACCAAAGCAGGGUGACACACCCAAGUCCCCAGAAAAAACCAUCCCGCCAAAAGAGGGUGAAAUUCUCAAUUCCCCCCUCAAAACCAUUCUGCGCAAGCAGGGCAACACCCUCAAGCUCUCAGCCAAAACCAUUCUGCCCAAGGAGGGUGACACCCCCAAGUCCUUAGAAGACACCAUCCAGCCAAUAGAAGGCAACCUGCAGUCAACAGAUGAAGCCAUGGAGGUCCUGGAGGAGGACCUGGUGAAGGUGAUCCUGAGCAAGGAAGACUUCGAGGUGGCGCUGAAGGAAGCUGGGGAGAGACUGGUGGCUGUGGACUUCUCGGCCACGUGGUGCAGGCCUUGCAGGUCAAUCAAGCCCUUUUUCCAGUCCCUGUGCAUGAAGCACAAGGAUGUGGUGUUCCUGGAAGUGGACACUGACGAGUGUCAGGGGCUGGCGAAAGACUGCAAUAUCGUUUGCAUCCCAACCUUUCAGUUUUAUAAGAAACAAGAAAAGGUGGGCGAAUUUUCUGGUGCCCUUAAGGAAAAACUCGAGACACUCAUUACAGCAUUAAAGUGA